AUUUUGAUUCCACCCCCCUCCGUAUGAUGACGUACACAACCACCUGAAGAAGGAGCAGCGGUUGGAAUGUUACCGCGUUCAAACAAACCUGGUGUUGUGUGACUUUUAACUUUGUACACCCGAGUGCAACACCGGCAUCUCUAAAUCGUAGUUUAUCGGUGACCUCACGUAUCACCCCCGCCCCCUUGUUGCAACAACGUCACGUCUCGGAGACAUCACACUAGCCCCCGCCUCUGUGCGGUGACGUCAGGUAUCUUCGACGUCACAUUGACCCCCGCCCCGCUGUGACGCGAGGUGGCCUGUGAUGUCAGAGGGCAUAGCCGCGUCAGCCGGGAAGAUGGUCGAACUGAGCCGGUGUCCGAGCGGAAGGUGGAAGGUGUGGUGAGAGCACGGAGCCGCUCCGGUCCGACAGCAAUGGUGCUACUCUUGACUCUCCUUCUGCUGCAGUGUGGGUUGGCUCGCGCUGCUGGUCCAACUUACAUAUCUGAAUAUUACUCUCAAACUCCUCAAAAACUUUCCUUGUACAGCUGGUAUGGAAAUGCACGUCUGUUUGUCUUCCAAGUGCCAGAAAAUACAGUGCUCUUAAAGUGGAUUUUGCAAGCCUCGAAAGGAAAAGGGCCAGAGUGCCAAAAUACUAACAUUACUGUCUAUUUUCGGGCAGGCGCCCCACCAGUAAUCAAUCCAUUACAAACCAAGUUUGGCAUAGACACUGUUGUUCUUCCUUCAUUCAACCUCACUAUCCCAUUGACAUCUGCAGUGCAGAGUAGUACGACUUUAAAUAUUUCUAAUCCUGUUUCGGGUGAUUGGUUUGUAGCUGCACAUCUACCAAAAGAUGAUGGUAAAAUUGAAGUGAAGGGCUUCUCGACUAAAUGUUCCUACAUAUUUCAACCUCAGAUGCUUGUUCAACGAUUGAUUAAUGUGCCUGUUCUUGAACCAAGCACUUCACUUGCACUGAUGCUUUCUUCUGUUGAUCAGGUUUCACACUUGAAAAUUUUUAUUCCUGAGCACACUGUGGAACUGACCAUUCAUCUUAAAAACUGUGCUGUCGACACACGACCAGUGGAGUCUUGUCCUGUCUUCCUGUUAAUAGGAUCAAAUGCAUUACCUAACUCUCACUUGAAGAUUGUAAAUUGCAGUGAAAGUUUAGUUUGCAGAGAAACACUGGAUUCUCCACCAUGGAUGAAAUGGAUGCAACUCACUGUUGAAAGUAGCAACCCUAACUGGACCAUCACCUUUGAGAUUGAAGCUUAUUUAACAGUAUGUGAACCUGUCAAUGCUGGAUCCUUUCUUACUUUGUUUAAUAACUACACUCUAUCAAGUAAUGGUACAGUCAUCAAAAAUCCAGAUAUGUUGGGAGUGUACGUAAAACCAAAUAACACUGAACUAAAUAGCGGUGGCAUUUCAUGUUUUCGUAAUCAGCCAGUUCUUCGAGAAGAUGUGGAUGUUGUCUCUGUGAGAUUUUUUGUUUUGAAUGGACCGGAUACUCCUCUGACCUCUGAAUAUCCAAUAAUUCUUCUGCUGAACUUGAAUACAGGAAGGGACAACGGUGGAACCAUCAUGUUGAAUUUGCAAUUAAACAAGACUUCAUUGUCCAAUGAAAAUGCAACCGUGUUUGCCUGUUUAAGUGCUGGGUCUCCUGUGAUGUCCCUAGAUGUCAAUUCCCUAAGCUGCGGAGAAGCUUUAUCUUGGGGAUACUUGCUUAAAAUGAAUUCUUCAGUAUUAUCAAGAUCUCUUCAAGUUCCUUACCCAGAAACUGAUCAUUGGUAUCUCACUUUGCAAAUCCUUUGCUCCAGUCAUAAAAGCAAUCAAACCUGUGGCAAGGUUUCUGCUCUGGUAACUGUAUCAGCUAUUUUGAAUCCCUGUGUUGGGGAUUGUGGUGUAUAUGGAGAGUGCAGACUUCUUCAAACUCAUGGAUAUCUUUAUGCUGCAUGUGUUUGCAAAGCCGGCUGGAAUGGAUGGAGCUGUACAGAUGAUACCAAUGCUCAGUCAUAUAGCCGGCAAUUGCUGGCAACACUCUUGUUAAGUUUGAGUAAUCUCAUGUUCAUCCCACCGAUUGUGGUUGCUGUUCAUCGCUAUUAUUUUGUAGAAGCUUCCGUGUAUUUCUUCACCAUGUUUUUUUCAACGUUUUAUCAUGCAUGUGAUCAACCUGGAAUUGCUGUCAUGUGCAUUAUGGAAUAUGACACACUGCAAUACUGUGAUUUCCUUGGUUCGGUUGUAUCUGUGUGGGUUACAAUUCUGUGUAUGGCGAGGUUAAGAUCCCUCCUUAAAUAUGUACUUUUUAUUCUUGGUUCCUUAUUGAUUGCCAUGUCAAUGCAACUGGACCGCCGCGGUCUUUGGAACUUAUUGGGCCCAUGCCUUGUUGCCCUGUGCAUCAUGAUAACUGCAUGGGUGUUUCGUGGCGUGAAGCGACGCCAUUGUUAUCCUCCAACAUGGAAACGCUGGGUGUUUUUCUUGUUACCAGGAAUAGGUGCAGCAUUAAUUGCUAUUGCUGUGUAUGGAUUUCUGGAAACAAAGGAGAACUACUACUAUACACAUAGCAUUUGGCAUAUUCUCGUAGCAGGAAGUGUGGUGUUUUUGUUACCACCAGGUGGAUUAAUAGCUAAAACAAUUGAGAAGUCAACUUCCAAUCAGGCCAUAUUCACAGCAGGCAACCAGCUACCCUAGCUACUGGACCAAAAGGUUACAUUAUGUCUUGUUCAGAAUACUUAGUGCUAUCAGGUAGUUCUGCUAGCUUUUAACUCUCUCCAAGGAACAGUACACUCUUUAAACACAUGACCCUAACAUACCGAUAACUUUAAUCUAAGUUCGCCUUAACUUCAAAACAUUAAA